CAGUUCGUCUGCACGUUGCUGGGACCCACAGCUCCAGAAACAGGAUUCUCAAAAGAUGGACUACCUUGGCCCACCUUUCGAUAAUCCAGACUUCGACCCUCCGCGGCUGAACCGUACAGAGGCCAUUCCCAGUGCCACGCUAGAAGUGAGUGCUUGGAGGAACCUUGGUGACCAGCGUCGCCUCACGGAGAAUCUUCGGGCCUACACCCUGUUGCUGCGGUGCCUGGGGGAUGUAGAUCGGGAGCUGACUAACCCCACCCUGAGGCUGACCUUCCAACACUUCUGCGCCAGCAUCCGGGGACUAACCAUCAGCAUCUCAGGCCUGGUCACCUCACUGGGCUAUCCCGCGCCUACCCUACUUCCCCCUGCGCACUUGGCCAGGGGCCUGGCACCUGCCCCCAGUGACUUCCUGAAGAAACUUGACCACUUCUGGCUGAUGCGGGAGCUGCAGGGUUGGUUACUGCGCUCGGCCAAAGAUUUCAAUCGUUUAAAGAAACGUCUUGGCGGCUUUGUCACCCAUUUGGACUAUCGGAGACCCUGAUUUGGGGAGAAGGGGAAGAUCCCCGUCCCUUUUCUCCACACCCUGAACCCCUCACCUUGACCAUCCCGUUAGUGCCUUAUGCUAACAUACAUUCCCCACCUCCACCUGCGUGCCUCCUCCUGCCAAA